AAAUAAAAAUGUUCAAGUUGAGAUUUUACUUGGGAAGGGAGACAUUAUAAUCAAAAUUUCGUUUCCGCCACACCACGAGAAAUACGUUUUACUCCCGAUCAGCUAUAUAAAUUGCAUUUAAAUUGGUGGAAGAUUUUCAGGAUUUUUGAGUUGUUGAAAGAGCAAAAGUCGAAGAGUUUCUCUGAAGAAAAUGGGCAAAAAUAAGAAAGCAAAUACGGUCCCGGAAACGGAACCAACCAAAGUCGAUCAUCAGUAUUCAGUUUCACCUGCUGCGAAGGUGGAUUAUUCCAUUCCAGUUCAUUCAAGACAGGCAGCCUUUUCACUGCUCUAUCUGUUUCUGUACAGCGUAAUGAUGUUCACACUACCGUUCGGUGCAUUUUUCGGAGUUCGGCAUGUCUUGGCUGACCGAUUUAAUAUAGUUGGAUUCCCGAACACCUGCUACUCGGUGCUUUCGGCUGUGAUUGUCGUUAAUUUUAUUAUUGUAUUGUACGCGUAUAAGGGCUACCACGAGACCGAGUACGACUCUGACGGGAAUGCAAUUGUUGAAGAAACAUCGAAAGCAGGCCAACCAAAGAAAAAGCAAGAACUGAACAAAAAAACGGAAUAAUUUUAUCUCGAAGCCCUUGGGUCUAGCCGGCGGUGUACAUAAUUGUAGUUCCGACUAUAUUUUGUAAUGAAAAAUUUGUCCGAAAUAAACGACAUGAUCAAUACCAAGUUGACUAA